AUUUAUUAAGUAUUGGUUGCUUUUUUUUUAAAUAAAAUUUAAAACAAAAAUGAUAAUUCCGGUACGCUGUUUUUCUUGCGGGAAAGUCAUAGGAAAUAAAUGGGAGUUAUAUCAAACGAUGUUGGAAAAUGACUAUACUGAAGGCUCUGCAAUGGACGCGAUCGGACUUCAAAGAUAUUGUUGUCGGCGUAUGAUCUUAACUCACACCGAUUUGAUCUCUAAACUCCUUCAAUAUAAUCCUCAGGAAAGAAGUCGUGAACAAUUCAGAGCACAAUUCCGACAACAACCAAGUCAAAUAAUAGCUAUUAGACCUGCUGCAGGUUCAGCUACCCCUGCAAGGCCAACAUAAACUUAAUUUUUAUUUAGGGUUCCUUUUUUUGUUUCUUUUUCUUUCUUUUUUUUUAAAAAAAAAAAAAACAAU